GUCGGGCACACGACUGUUUCGUUCCCUCUUGGACACCACGGCACAAUCCAAGAGUGUGAACGUACAGUCGUCUCGGCGACUCUCGACAGCCCCUCGGCCGCUGUGGCCUGCCAUGUCUGCGUCACUGCCUGGCAAUCGGGACUUGCCCGCCUCUCAAUAUGACCUUUCGACCUACUGGGGUCGCGUUAGGGAAUCGGCAAAGAUAUCAGAUCCGAGGUGAGGAAGAACAAACAAUGGCUUGGAUUUCUCUUAAACUGGAUCGCGGCAUCAUGGUCGGCGGCCACGGCACCGCUGAUCACCGCUGAAGGAACCUCUUCGUAUCGAAAGCAGGCCUUGAACAUGCCAAAGAACUGGUGACAGCCUACAAGACAGGACAGAUCAAGGAGAUGUCCCCGGAACUAUGGAAGGCCAAGAAGAUCGUCGACUCAACGCUACACCCAGAUACGGGAGAGCCAGUGUUUCUUCCUUUUCGGAUGUCUUGCUUCGUGCUCUCCAACCUGAUAGUGACGGCAGGCAUGCUGACGCCAGGCCUCGGUAACAAAGGCACAGUUGCAUGGCAGAUAAUCAACCAGUCUGUCAACGUUGGUUUCAAUAGCGCGAAUGCCAACAAAUCCUCCCCGUUGUCUACCAAGACGAUCAUCGAAAGCUACCUAUUGGCCGUUUCCGCCUCCUGCUCCGUCGCCGUCGGACUUAAUUCCAUCGUCCCACGCCUGAAGCGAGUGUCACCCAACACGAAACUGAUCCUAGGGCGACUUGUACCCUUUGCUGCUGUCGCCUCCGCUGGUGUCCUGAAUGUCUUCCUAAUGCGUGGAGAGGAGAUCCGCCGCGGUAUCGACGUCUUCCCUGUGCAGUCGGAAGCAGAAAAGGCAGAGCGUGAGAAAACCGGUAAGGAAGUCGCCAGCUUGGGCAAGUCCCGCAAAGCCGCCAUCAUGGCCGUUGGCGAGACGGCCAUAUCGCGAGUAUUGAAUGCGACCCCGAUCAUGGUUAUUCCUCCGCUCAUCCUGGUCCGCCUACAGAAGACGGAGUGGCUGAAGCAGAGACCAAGAAUGGUUCUACCGGUCAAUCUUGGUCUCAUUCUAACAACAAGUAUUUUCGCCCUGCCGCUUGCAUUGGGCGUGUUUCCUCAGCGUCAAGCGGUUAGCGCGAGAAGUCUUGAGCCCGAGUUUUGGGAUAAGGGCGGAGAAGGCGGUCUCGUAGAAUUCAACCGGGGAAUCUGAUUCAGUUCAUCAAAAGCGAUUGCACAGCAGGCGGUAUUUGUGAUCUAGCAAGGCUCCAGCGGGGCAUGCCUCGAUUAGUAGUACGGGGUCUGCUGAAGGCGUGUAGUCUUUGUAGACUAAUAAAGGAACAUACACCACCGCUCGUGGCGAGUCACGUACAGCGUUGACUGCAUGCGUAUCACCUUACUGUCCGAC